AUGGCUGAAGAAAAUAAUAAAUGGUACGUUGCAUCGAUCAACACCUACACCAAGGAAUCGGGAAGUGCCGAAUACACUCAGCUUACCGCUGAUCCAGGCUUCAGUAUGUGGGUGGAUGGCAGUGAGGAAAACGAAUACCCAUACAAUGCCGCAGAGCACCGCCUCACCAAUGCUAUCGCCGGAUCCUGUAUCACGUACAUACGUGUAGCUUCAGUGAUGGGACAAAUCGAGCCACCUGAUUCCUCGGAAACCUUCUCUUUAGGUAUCCAAUUACACGACGGCCAAGACCUUCGAGCAGAACUUAUAGGACCUACUCAAUCAAACCAAAGGUAUAGGCGAGAGCUGAACUUCCGAAGCUGGUUUUGGACCACAGAGUGCGUCUCGAUAUCCGACAUCAAGAAGGUUUACCUAAGCGCUCAUCGUCAAGGAGACAAAAGGUGGAACAUAAAAUCAUUUGGCACUUCUUUUAAGACUGGUCAAGUGGAGUACAUGGACCUGACAAGUAAUCCACACCUUGAGAAGCGGCUUGGCUUUAGAGGAAAGGAAUGCAUCAAACUAACAUCGGCAUGGGAACAAACCGUCAAUUGUGAAUACGGUAAUCCAUCGUGUGAAUGCGUGAGUUCUGUAGCCGUCUGUACGUUUAACCUUGAAAUUGACGAAAUUCGAACCUUCACCAGCUAUCAGAAAUUAUCAGUGGAUGAACCUACAGGAAUAGCUAUGCGUGGAUCCCAGGGAGUAAUCUAUUAUUUCGAUGAUCUCGGAAGACCUCAGCCACUACAAACCAAUCGAAGUUGUGCAACAUUGGACAGCUCCACAUGCACUAACCCCCAGUUCGUAGAUGGUAAAACGUACCGUAUGGGAAUAGCCGUCAAUGGACAAAUUCCUGGACCUACCUUGAUUGUCCACGAAGAACAAAGCGUUGUAAUUCAUGUUCAUAACAACCUUACCUCUGAAGGGAUUUCAAUUCAUUGGCAUGGGAUGCACCAGAGGGGAACACCUUGGAUGGAUGGUGUGGGACAAGUGACUCAAUGUCAGAUAGGACCCUCGUCGAGCUUUUCAUACGAGUACAUUGCACGGCCAUCUGGGACAUUUUGGUACCACUCUCACAGUGGUGCUCAAAGAACAGAUGGCUUCUAUGGUGCACUCAUAGUCAAAGAAAGCCCCUGGAGAAGGAGACUAAUUCGUAACAGACUUCCUCACAAAUACCGUAACUUUGAAGAUCUUCCAGAUCAGCACACCUUAACUCUUCUGGAUUGGCAGCAUGAGGCAUCCUUGGACCUGUUCACACAGGUCCAUGCAGACUUAGGCUUCUAUCCAGACAAGCCGCUUGGCGAGGUACCAACACCAAAUGAUACACCGUAUCAAGGCACUCGUAGUUUUGACAAUGGAGGGGCUGGGCCUGUCCCGUACUUUUCUGGAAUCGUAAAUGGAAAAGGCAGGCAUGUUGAUGUUCCAUACCGCAAAACAAGACUGAGUAUAUUCACUGUUGAGCGGGGAAAGAUUUAUCGCUUUCGGCUAAUUGGGGCUCAAUCGCUUUUAUCUUACAGCUUCUCCAUUGAUGGUCAUAAGCUAACAGUGGUGGGCACUGAUGGCUAUUGGAUUGAGCCCGUGGAAGAGGUUGACUACAUCAUGAUCCAUCCCGGAGAAAGAUAUGACUUUCUGCUCGAAGCAGAUGCGACAAAUAACAAUUACUGGAUGCUCGCAGAGACUAUGGAAGUUAAUCAAACUACUGGGCCACCCUAUGAGUCACUGGGACAUGUGGCAGAAGCUAUUUUGCACUACAAACAGGAUGGCGACUCGGAUGAUCCGGAUGAUAAUGUACCGUCGACAAAAUAUAAAGAGAUAAAAGACAGUUCUCCGGUCAGAGAGUGCACUCAAGAGGAGCCAUGCAACGCAGUGAACUGCCCUUUCAUGAAAUUUCAUGAUUCCUACAACAUAAACUGUAUUAAUGUACACAACCUCACUUUACUGGAGCCAACUCCAAGUAGGGAGCUUCCAGAUCCAUACCCUAAAUGCCCAAAUUGUAGACAUUUUCUCAACUUUCAUUUCGAGGGGGAAAAACAGACCAGUUCAGUGAAUGGACGCAAUUUUAUUCUUCCCUCUUUCCCACCCCAAACCCAAUACGAAGACUUUCAACAACGGGACAAUAUCUGUAGCCUUGCAGCUGAUUGCAAUCCAUCAACAACCGACUGCUCAUGUGUCCACGUGAUACAAAUUCCAUACAACAGAACUAUUCAAAUGGUGUUUUCAUCAAUUGGUCCUACCCCCAGUGCUCAUCCAAUUCAUCUCCAUGGCCAUACAUUUCAUGUUGUUCACGUUGGAUAUCCAACAUAUGACUCCAGCACUGGUUUUAUCAGUGAAUCCAACAGCGACAUAGCCUGCGAUGAUGUCAACUGCACUAAAGAGGGCUGUAACCCGAAAAGCUGUACCAUGCCAAGAUGGAAUGAACCAAGUACAAUGAGGUUUACCAUCAACACACAUACGAUCAGAAAAGACACAGUUAUGGUCCCUGCUGGUGGAUACGUUGUUAUAAAUUUCCUAUCUGAUAACCCUGGCCAGUGGUUUCUUCACUGCCACAAAGAACUGCACCAGCUCGAAGGAAUGGCGGUAAUUGUUAAUGAGGCUAUAAAUAGGCAACAGACAAUGCAUCCACCCACUGGCUUGAACAAGUGUGGGGACUUUGACAUAAAUUAUAAUCAAACCGUAUGGUAA